AAAAUUCUUCCUUGGUUGGCCGAAUGGCUUCGUAAUGAUCCGGCAGUAGUCGUUGAAACCGGUCAAUGAUGCAAAAGAGUCGCAGAGUCGAAUGAUAAAUGAUGCAGGUGAGUAAACACAUUGUUAAUAGAGGCUGGCUUUUCUGUUAUAUUCUUGUCCGGCUCGCAAACCGUGUCCAGCUAUCCACGCUGGACUUGUCAUGGGGAUGGCGAAAAUGCCAUUCCUUUGUCCAAUGCGGGAUCGUUACGAGUUUCUUACUCCGCAAAAUGGAAUCGGAAUUCCUUCAAAUGUAAGUAAGUGUAAUUGUCUCCAUGGUCAAGUGAAAACUCCAUGAAAGGCCAUCGGAAAAGCCACUUAUACGAGCGCAACGCUGUCCGUGAAAUGACAUCGGAAAAGCUCCAGGUGAAUGGAGAAUCGGAAUGUUCGAGGCAGUGAAGGUAAUCACGCCAGAAUUGUUUGUCUUCCGUUGUGGAACAGGGGAUCCAUGUAAAUAUAUUAUUCCAGGUGAGUAAAUUGUGAUACUGUGAGUACGAGGCGA